AUUCAGGCAUUCAUUUUCAAAUCACUGAAUGCUUCAUUACUCAUAAUUAAGUGAAAUAAAUUAAAAAUAAAGAAAUAUUGAACAGUAAUGUUUUGUUUGUGUUAAUCUACUGUAAUAUUAGACACAGGGGAGGGAGAAAAAAGCCAGGAACAAGUGCAGGCUUGUCUUUAAAGAGGGUCAUGCAGUGCAUGAGAAUAUGUUGGUUAAAAAUAAGGACGAUGUGAGACCAUGAAUAUGUCUUUUAUCUGGUCUAGUUUCACAAUAGCCUUUAAAAUAGAGUACGGCACAUAUGUCUGCUUGGCAUGAAGCCUUCCACUGGUGUGCAGAACUGGGAAAAGAUGAAUAGAGAGAGUGGGAGGGCAUGGACAGGUGGGAUAACGGCCUCAGCAGCCAUCAUGUGAGGUGGCUGUGGAAGUGCUGACUGAGGCAGCCUGAAACAAAGCCUCCAAAGUGGCCAGACGAUCCUGGACUUAGGUUGGCUCAUGCUGGCACACAAAAAGGCCAUCUCAGUCAGCGGUCCACUCAAUCGAUGAAAAGAUAAUUCCCCCCGCGCAGACCUCAUGCAAUGCUGGGGCCCGUUUGCGAACCCCGACAGAGAGAGAUCAAGCAGAAAGGAUAUGAGUGGGAAACUUCAAAACCCGCUCAUAUUUCUGGGUCCGUGAAAGGAUUUGUAUAACACAUUCAUUUUUUGAUGGAUUUUCCCAUGUUUCCCUGGACAGCCCUUUUUGUGGACAUGUUCGAAUAAAGUAACUCUUAUGAUGAAUCUUUUUUUUUUGAGAAAGUAAAAGCUAUGGGUGAGCUUGUUUUGCAGCGAUGCUGGCCAGUGUGAGGUCAGUCAGUCUCAUGCAGCAGGUGGGAGCACAUGGAGUACCGCUAACUCCUCGGCUGCCAGGGAAUCGGGUGAGUGCAGGGGGACUUGCACCGCCAUGAAGGUUAAACCGAGCUGGUUAAUAAUUUUAACAGGCAAGCUAAUAAUUUUAGACAAGCUCUUUGGAUUAACAAAAUACUGUAAUAAUGAGACAAUAGCGAGGCUGCUUUUAAUACCUGCAUAUUACAGGACUGAGAAUUCUGUAAAAAUUAUUUGGUUCACUUAUUCCUUGAACAUUAUUAAUUAUAAGAUAGAUUGUCCGAAGAGACAACAAAAUAAGUCUUGGCAUGUUUAUUUUUUCACAAAAUCCAGAACAGCCAUUUGAUACAAAUAUGAGAUAAUGAAUUGCCUUUUGGGAGUAAAAAAAAUAUUUUGUUGUUCUUGUCUUUUAUUUUCAGAGAGUCAGAAGGAAUUGCUAACAAGUUGUUUUUCUCAGGUGCUGACAUGGAACGUAUAUGUUUGAUUCUUUUGCUGUUAUAUAAAUUAUUAAUAGUUAAAGCACAGUUCAAUGGAUACAACUGUGAUGCCAACUUCCACAGCCGUUUUCCUGCUGAGCGGGACAUCAGCGUGUACUGUGGAGUACAAACUAUCACUCUAAAGAUUAACUUCUGCCCGGUGCUUUUCUCUGGCUACACUGACACUGACCUGGCCCUGAACGGGCGCCAUGGUGAUGCCCAUUGCAGAGGGUUCAUUAACAACAACACUUUUCCUACAGUGGUGUUGUUCAGCAUCAGCCUUAGCACAUUGGAGGCCUGCAGCAAUUUGCUAGUGGUGUCCACAGCUCAGGGGCCAAAUGCAUAUGGGAACCUUUCAUUGGUGCAGAUUGGGAAUAUAUCAGGGUACAUCGACACGCCUGACCCUCCUACUGUCAUCAGCUACCUGCCUGGACUGCUCUAUAAGUUCAGUUGCAGCUAUCCACUGGAGUACCUGGUGAACAACACACAGCUGGCAUCGUCUGCCGCAGCAAUUUCAGUAAAGGACAGCAAUGGUACAUUUAUAAGCACACUGAACUUACUGCUGUACAAUGACUCCACAUACGUCCAGCAUCUGGCCAUCCCAAUGGCAGGCCUCACUCUGAAAACUCGUGUGUUUGCUGCCGUCAAAGCUACAAACUUGGACAGGAGGUGGAAUGUGCUGAUGGAUUACUGUUACACCACUCCAUCUGGGAAUCCUAAUGACAAGCUCAGAUACGAUCUUUUCGUUGGGUGUGACAAGGACCCGCAGACGACAGUGUUUGAAAAUGGAAAGAGUCAGAUGGGUCGUUUCUCCUUUGAGGUGUUCCGCUUCGUCAAGCACAAGAAUCAGAAGAUGUCUACUGUCUUCCUGCACUGUGUGACCAAGCUGUGCCGCGCAGAUGACUGCCCCAUGCUUGUGCCGAUUUGUGGAAUGCGUAAGAAACGGGAUGUGUCCGAGAGUACGGAGUCUCAUGCAGUUUCUGGGAAUGCUGUUAUAACUGCUGGACCCAUCAUCACUAGGAGUGAUGAAACGCCAACCAACAACUCUCAGCUGGCUCUGCUAAACAGUGGUCCAUUCAAGAUGAACUCAGUAACGAGUGCUCUCGUAUCUGGCAUCAUCAUCCUGGCUGUAAUGAGCAUGUGCUUCUUCAUCUUCUCUCUGACCCUCCUGAAGAGGAAACGUCCACCUCCGAUGCCAUUGUCUGGGGCUCACAAUCCUGCUUUCAGCUAA